AUGAGCCAGCCGCGGGCCUUUGUCAGCCGGAUGAUGCACCCCGACGCCAUCGCGCUGAUCGGGGAGGCCACGGAGAUGGAAGUGUGGCCCGACGACCCGCCACCCGCGCCAGAGAUGCUGCGGUCCAGGCUGGCCGACACGGAAGGGGUUCUCAUCAACAUAAUGGACCGGGUGGACACUGCGCUAUUAGACGCGGCCCCCAAGCUGCGCGUAAUCAGCCAGUUGGCAGCGGGACUGGACAAUGUUGAUUUCCCGGAGUGCACCCGGCGGGGCAUCCUGCUUGGCAGCACGCCGGGCAUCCUUUCCAAGGCAGGUCGCCGACCACGCAUUCGCCCUCCUGCUUUCGGCCGCGCGCCGAGUCGUCGAAAGCGACAAAGCAGCACCCUGGGCAUCGUCGGGCUCGGACAGAUUGGUCUGGAGAUGGCCCGGCGCGCCAGGGGGUUCGACAUGCGCAUCCUGUACCACUCGCGCAACCGCCGUCCCGACGCCGAGGAGGAGUACGGCCUGAGCUACGCAACGCUGGACGAUCUGCUGACCCAGCAGGAUGCGCUGCGGAAGAUGAAGUCCACGGCUAUCCUUGUCAACAUUUCAAGGGGCCCGGUCGUGGAUACGGACGCUAUUUGCACCGCACUGCGCGAGGGCUGGAUCGCAGGGGCUGGUUUGGACGUGGUCGAUCCGGAGCCAAUUCCCGACGACCACCCGCUGCUGUUCUUGGACAACGUGACCAUCACCCCACACAUCGGGAGCGCAUCCGUCCUGUCGAGACGGGCCAUGAGCAUCAUGGCGGCCCAGAACCUGAUCAACGGGCUGAACGGCCAGCGGCUGGUGCAUUGUGCCAACCCCGAGCUUUACGAGCGGCGUUACUUGAAGCAACUUCACAGGCAAUCCCAAUGCGGACGCCAGGACCUUGUCGGCCACACUGCCCAUCCACCAUCGGGCCAGGCCGGACCGCCCAUGGCUUGCCAUGGCGACGAGGGCGCUAGGUUCUUUACCAGCCUCUUCUACAAUCCCACCGACAGGAUCCCGGUGCGGUAUCGUUGUAUCGACAUCGAGACCUGUGCCCCGCAGACCAGCAGCGGUACUGUUCAGAUAUUCAAUCGCCUUUGCUUCCCUAACGCUGGCCGGCUCGAUCCACCUGCGGGUGGAGUAAAGAGACUGCGUAAUGGCAGGGCUAUCGGGCUCUACAGAAUGGAGUAA